ACGUCAAACCAUGCGUCAAAUUCAUGCUGCCUGGAACAACAACAAACAGUUGAAUUAGCUGGGACAUUAACGUAGCGUUUACAACUGUUAUUUAUUUUGUGUUGGUAUUGUAGCUCAGUGUUAGCAGAAAUGUCCGGAAAGGCCAAGGAUAUCCUACAGAUGGACCUGUAUGGUUUACUCGGCAUUGAAAGCACUGCUACAACGAAAGAGAUUAAGAAAGCUUAUCGACAGAAAGCCUUGACCUGCCAUCCAGACAAGAACCCAGACAACCCAAAAGCAGUGGAGCUCUUCCACCAGUUGUCCCAGGCUCUUGAGGUGCUAACUGAUGCUGCUGCCAAGGCUGCCUAUGAUAAGAUUUGCGCUGCCAAGAAACAAGCAGAAGAAAGAAACAGGAAACUAGAUGACAAGAGGAAGAAAAUUAAGCUUGAUUUGGAGUCCCGAGAGCGACAAGCAGAAGCUCACAGCCAGGAGGAGGUGCAAAACACUAGAACACUUGAGGAAGAGAUUGCCCGUUUGAGAGAGGAGGGAUCCAGGCAGCUUGAGGAGGAACAGAGGCUCAUCAGAGAGCAGAUACAGAGAGAAAGGGAAGCGCAGCAGCAGCAAACAGAAGGCUACACUCAGAGCAACUCAGGAGUGGAGAGAUGUUCCAAGAGCAAUGUGACCCCCAAAUUGAAGUUAAAGUGGAAGUGUAAAAAAGACAACGAGGCGAAUGGAGGCUACUCUGAAGACAUUCUUUUCAGACUUCUACAAAAGUACGGGGAUGUUUUGAAUGUGAUUUUAUCGAGUAAGAAGAAAGGAAGCGCUGUGGUUGAAUUUGCAACUGUGAGAGCAGCUGAGCUGGCCGUUAAGAAUGAAAGUGGCUUGAGUGAAAACCCCUUGAAGAUUUCUUGGCUUGAAGGACAGCCUGAGGUUAUUGCACCAGCAUCUCAACCUGGCCAGUUCACGUCUUCACAGGGCGCCCUGACAAAUGAGCGCGACUAUGAGAGCUUGGUGAUGAUGAGAAUGAGGCAGGCUGCUGAGCGACAGAGACUCAUAGAACAAAUGCAGAGAGACGACGAUGAGGACGGUGCCAGGUCAUAGCACAGCAGGACCCAACUUGGUACCAGCCUGCAACCAUUAAAUGAAAUAAUCUCUUUAAGGCUUUAGUUUCAUAAAGCCUCUUGAGUGUUUUGUUAUCAUGUUUAAUGUAAUACUCUGUUUGGCAAAAUAAAUCUUUUUAAUAACUAAA